CAUAAACAUAUAUAUUUGCCUGGUUGUGUAUGACGAAGUUAUGUAACGCUUUAUAAUCUUUUUUUUACAAAACUAUUUUAAUCUACUAGUAUGUGCUUUUGAUGUCCUAGGAAAUAACUUCCUUGUUCGUAAUCGCCGUGACCACAUGUUAAAAUGCAGACCUGCAUCGGAAAAGAAUGUUACGUGAAGUUACAUCGCGACAGUGCCUCCACUGUUGAUCUAGUGAAGGAACAGGUGGAAAUAGCCGAAAAGGAGGUAACAGAGAGAGAGGAACCAGAAGAAAAAUGAUAAGGAGCAGAGAAGUCCAUUUUUGCAUCGAAAUGAACAUUUGUAAAAUAAACCGGUUCAUUUUUAAGUAAUAUACAAAACACCUUUGCCUCAGAGACCUUUGUGUUCCACUAAGGUUGAACAGGGGUCCUUUAUUCGUAACAGAUCUUGGGGCAUCUAUACAUCGUUUAUUGCUUUGGCAACAUUAGGUUCAGGCUACUAAAGUAUUUCCGAUGUAUUGUAAAUACAUUUUAUCAAAGUUCAAACAAGAGGUGUACAAUUCACAAAUAUAAAGUGCAGUUGGAACUAUUAUGCAGUUAGAUAGAAAUAUAACUGUAAACUGAAAAUUGGUCUUGCGCAAUGGCCAACGUUUUCAAUGAGGUUGGCCACUUCGGCAUAGUCGGUGACACUGGUAAUCUCUAGACGUCUGAAAACAGUAAAAAUACAUGGGAUAGUAUAAUAUGUAUUAAAAAGAAUUAAGGUAUUCCUAAAAAUAUUUUAUCCAUCACAGAAAAGCGACAGACAUUUUUGUAUAUGAAACCUUGGAGACAUCAUUAACAAGUAUCAACAAUGGAUGCGGCUCAUGCCAAGAGUCAAGCCAUUUUACGCUGUCAAAUGUAACGAAGAGUUCGCAGUGUUGAAAGUACUUGCAGACUUGGGUGCAUCAUUCGACUGUGCUAGUAAACAUGAAAUUGAGAAAGUGCUGGACAUGGGUGUAUCUCCUACACGAGUGAUAUACGCCCAACCCUGCAAACAGAUGUCCAUGCUGAGCUUUGCAGAACAGAAAGGAGUAGAGAAGAUGACUUUUGACAACGUAGCAGAGCUUUAUAAAGUCAAAAGACUUUAUCCAGCAGCAAAACUCGUUUUGAGAAUUAUGAUAGACAGCGAGUUUAAAGGCAGGCAAGAUUUCAGUUGCAAAUAUGGUUGCCAUCCAGCGGAAGUUUCCGGUGUUUUACAGACUGCGAAAGACCUACAGCUUGACGUUGUUGGCGUCAGUUUUCAUGUUGGCAGUAACUGUUAUGAUUCGAGAGCAUUUUCCACGGCUAUACAACAAGCACGUCGGAACUGGCAUGAGUUUUUGUAUGAAACUGCUCGACAUAGGUGGCGGGUUCCCUGGACAACUCAAUACAUAUGACACAUUUCACGAGAUAACUGGUGUUGUAAACAAGAGCUUACAGACAUACUUCUCCGUGGAUAUGGGCGUGGAGGUGAUUGCAGAGCCUGGGCGGUAUAUGGUCGCUUCCGCAUUUACUCUCGGAGUUCAAAUUAUUGCUAAACGGACAGUACCUUCUACAUUAAGUCAACAUAAUAAAGCUGAAUGCACAAACAGUGCAGAGACACAGGACAGUAUAAUGUACUACGUGAAUGAUGGUGUAUAUGGGACUUUCUUGAGUAAACUUUCAGUUGGGAGAAAGUAUGAAGCCAAAUCUUUAAAGGCUGAUGAAGAUGCUGUCAUAUACGAGAGUAGUAUAUGGGGACCAUCUUGUGACAGUGUGGACUUCUUAGUGGAGUCUACACAACUACCUUCACAUGAAGUAGGAGAAUGGCUUUACUUCCCAGACAUGGGUGCUUACACUUUGUCAUCUAUCACAAAGUUCAAUGGAAUGGAGGAACCAAAACAAAUCUACUACUGCCUUGCAAACACCUGGUACCAAGUAUAUAAAGAAGAGCAUUAAAGUGGAGGAAUUGGUGUAGUAUUAUAGUACAUUCAUGAGGGAGUGUAUCCUAACAAUAUCUAUUCUGUGUCCUGGAAAUCAUCGUCGAGUUAUCAGGAUUGAGAAUUAAGUGAGAAAAAUGGACACAUAUAGCAGUAACAGGGACUUCAAAAUAGAGCAGAGCAGCCUAAUAACUUUAAUGUCAUUCAUCAUUUAUACGAAUGUCUAUAACUCAAAAAUAAAACAAGUUCACCCUGACAAUUUUCAUGUAUACUGAAUUAACAAUAGAGUUUUGUCAAUAAUGUUCCAAAAUAUAGCCUGUUGAAAGGUUACUGGGUAAGUAAUUUGGUGUGACCUUGACCCUUGGCAUAACAGCUCCAUAAACAAUAGGUUUCAUCUAAUGAACACAGGAAAAUAACAUACGAAGAUG